UUCCGUACUGUGCGUUCCACAUACAGGAAGUGAGUUUUCGUCGACUGUUGCAGCCUCCCAGUGUCCGUGGAGAUCAGGCUCUUCCACAGAUACGGAGACAGUUCCACCCGAGGGGGAGUAUAUAGAAGAGCACAGGGGUCUGUACAAGGACGUGAUGAUGGAGAAUCACCGCCCCCUCACAUCACUGGAUGGGCACAGUAACAGAGAUACACCAGAGAGAUGUCCCCAUCCUCUGUAUUCCCAGGACUGUACAGAGGAGAAUCACAGGACCCCACAGGAGGAUCAGGUAGAACAUCUUUCUCGUAUAAAGGCAGAAGCUAUAAGGAGAAAAGAAGAGACGGAUGUGAGAGAUAUGAAGGCAGAAGAUACAGAAGGAGAAGAAGAGACGUAUGUGACUGAUAUAAAGGCUGAAGAUAUAGAGGAAGAAGAGGAGACUUAUGUGACUGAUAUAAAGGCAGAAGAUCUAGAGGGAGAAGAAGAGACGUAUGUGACUGAUAUAAAGGCAGAAUAUAUAGAUGGAGAAGAAGAGACAUAUGUGACUGAUAUAAAGGCAGAAGAUAUAGAGGGAGAAGAAGAGACGUAUGUGAUUGAUAUGAAGGUAGAAGAUACAGAGGGAGAAGAAGAGACGUAUGUGACUGAUAUGAAGGCAGAAGAUAUAGAGGGAGAAGAAGAGACGUAUGUGACUGAUAUGAAGGCAGAAUAUACAGAGGGAGAAGAAGAGACAUAUGUGACUGAUAUGAAGGAAGAAGAUACAGAGGGAGAAGAAGACACGUAUGUGAGGGGUGAUCAGCAGUGUAAGGAGGAGGAGAUCCCUACAGAUAUCAGCACAGAUGGACACACAAGCAGGAAUAUCACAGAAGGACAUCUAAUGUUAUCCCUGGAUUCUGAAAUAACCAAUUAUGACAGUAGACAGUAUUCUCCAGGAGCUAACCCCAUUACCCCAAUUAUACAUCCAGCUCUAUCAGCUGAUCCCUCUGAUCCUGGGAAAUGUUCUCCUGAUCACUCUGAUAUUGGUGCAUCUGUUACAGCUCUGAGAGUAGAUACAGUGUUUCCCUGGUCUAUAGAUGCCAAAUGUUUUACACAGAACACAAACCUUAUUACUCAUCAGCCAGCUAAGGCAGGUGAGAGGCCAUUUCCAUGUUCUGAGUGUGGGAAAUGUUUUACAUAUAAAUCAUAUCUUGUUAGACAUGAGAGAAGUCACACAGGUGACAUGCCAUAUUCCUGUUCUGAGUGUGGGAAAUGUUUUGCACAGAAAUUACAUUUUGUUACACAUCAGAGAAGUCACACAGGUGAGAAGCCGUAUUCCUGUUCUGAGUGUGGGAAAUGUUUUUCAUCGAAAUACCAUCUUGUUAGUCAUCAGAUAAGUCACACAGGUGAGAAGCCAUAUUCCUGUUCUGAGUGUAGGAAAUGUUUUGCACGGAAAUCACAUCUUGUUAUACAUCAGAGAAGUCACACAGGUGAGAAGCCAUAUUCCUGUUCUGAGUGUGGGAAAUGUUUUUCAUCGAAAUCAGAUCUUGUUAUACAUCAGAGAAGUCACACAGGUGAGAAGCCGUAUUCCUGUUCUGAGUGUGGGAAAUGUUUUGCACACAAAUCACAUUUUGUUAUACAUCAGAGAAGUCACACAGGUGAGAAGCCGUAUUCCUGUUCUGAGUGUGGGAAAUGUUUUUCAUCGAAAUACCAACUUGUUAGUCAUCAGAGAAGUCACACAGGUGAGAAGCCGUAUUCCUGUUCUGAGUGUGGGAAAUGUUUUUCAUCGAAAUACCAACUUGUUAGUCAUCAGAGAAGUCACACAGGUGAGAAGCCAUAUUCCUGUUCUGAGUGUAGGAAAUGUUUUGCACGGAAAUCAGAUCUUGUUAUACAUCAGAGAAGUCACACAGGUGAGAAGCCGUAUUCCUGUUCUGAGUGUGGGAAAUGUUUUGCACACAAAUCACAAUUUGUUAUUCAUCAGCAUGCGCACACAGGUGAGAUGCCAUUUUCCUGUUCUGAGUGUGGGAAAUGUUUCGCACAGAAAUCCGCUCUUGUUACACAUCAGAGAAUUCACACAGGUGAGAAGCCAUAUUCCCGUUCUCGGUGUGGGAUAUAAGCUCUUUUUUUUAAAUUGUGUAUUCUUUAUUGUAAGUUUUUUAACCCCCCCCCCCCCCCAAAAAAAAAUACAACAAACAAUUAUUAAAAUACUUGUAACGAGCGCUAAAAAUUAUGAGAAUUAUAAGAAAGUGGCACCUGUAAGAAAAAUUUGUUAAUACAAAACGUGUUUACAGCUCCUUUUGGAGAAUUUGAGCUCAGUCCGUCACGAUUUCACAAAAUGUGGAAGUUCUAACUUUCCCUAACUACUAACCGGUACCAUGCAGGGCUCCAAGAUGUAGUAUGGUAAGUCCUCUUCUCCCGUGCCACUGCGUCCAGCCGUGGGAGAUCGCGGUUAGUUGUUAAGUCGCGGCUCGAUGACGUCACACUGCGGCUCGGCGUCAGGGAAUUCGGGACGGUCAAAUGGUAAACUAGCUCUGUGCCUCCAACGCGUUUUGUGCGUCACAAUCAUGGCAGAUACAGUAGAGCAUGCAAUAUGCCGACAGGAGUACUGUCAGACAAUGUAUACCAAAUAAAAUUACAAUACAUACCCAACAAAAACAGGAUAUAUAAAGCACUCAUCAGUAUAACAUUAAGCAAUAGGAGCACACAGGCGCCAUGUGAGCUCACAUAUCUAGGAUAAAGUGAGAGUAACCUAUAGCUGAGGAAUAUAGAGAUACAGAGAUAACUAUAUUGCAGGCCAUGAAUAGAAUAGGCAUAGAGUGAAGGAAUAUUGAAAAAAAUAUAUAUAAUUCCGGAGACAUCUGCCAUAAAUCUAAACAGAAUAAAACAAAACCCUACAGUCUCUAACUAAAUCAAAACAAACCCCGCACCCUGUAUAACCUAACCCCAACCUAGGUAUACCUGGAUCCCCAUAACCCGCCCACCUAAGCUACUUAACUUGUCUAAGCCCUAAACCCCACCCCAUACCCAAAAUGAGGAUAAAUAAAAUAGAUAUAUGACUGGGGCAACUGAAAAGAUAAUAUCAAAGGAUCUAACUCUAGUAGAACUUCCACGUAUAAACUUACAUAUGUGAACAUAAAAUAUGAAGGAUAGUGUUUGCUAUACCCAAUAGAUAUUCCAAUGCGUAUCUAGAUACAUAAGCUCUUAAAUGAACAUUUUUCAAAUUAAACAUAGUGUGUAACUAUGUAAUAAAGUUAGGCCGAUAAUAAGACAUACAAAAAACAUGAGAAUGGACAAUAUUUUACAGAGAAUCAGUGAGAAUAAAACAUAGCGAGGGUCCUGGCAACAGUGAAUCAGUACACAGACUUGGAAAGAAACAAAUUCAGUCUGGGGGACGGGCCCAUUCCGGAACCAUAUAGCCCAACAAUUCACAAACAGUAACCAGCAAACAAAUGGAGUCAUCAGCCAUCUUGUACAGCAUUAUCCAAGUAGAGAAGAGUAAAGGCCUCAGGUCCACAUAAAUUACAGAAUGGAAAUCCAUCCCCCUCCCUAGCACCUCAACGGACUGCAAUGUGAUACAGUACAGUUCUCCAGUGUUCAAAAAGUCACAUUUUGAGGCCCUGAAUGAGAUGGUGUGGGUCCACACAGUCCUAAUGACGAGAUGGAGACUGCCGCUGACAUCCCAUGCACCAUCGCCAACCAGGAAUAACGGCGAAUACGCAUGGGAUUAAUCCGCAACUCCCCCAAUUUAUAACUUGUUGUGUAGCGGAACCCACAGGCUCACCCAAGGGCUCCGAGGGCAUCAACACAGGUAGGCAGGCAGACUGUUCAGGAGAAACGGGCACCGCAACAGUCUCUUCUCCAAACAUAGCAAGAAUCCUUUUCUCAGAUUCCAUAGCAGCCUUCAGGAUAGAGGAGGUUAGAUGUUCAGAGGUACUAGCAGGGUUAAACAUGGCUGCAGGGGGUGCCUCACCGAAGCCAGUAAUAUGUAAAGAAGCACUGAAUAGCAGAUAGAAAUAUUAGAAAGGUCCAGUCUCAAACAGUCAAUAUCAGAGGUAUGAAACGCAGAAGAAAUGGCAGUUCUGUGUGUUCAUGAUGAAGGAGACCUCAGUGUUCAGCAGAGAGCUAUAGUGAAAAAAAGGUGUGCACUCACUAGGGAAGCAUAGGAGAGAAGUAAUGAAGUUCCUAGGGGCCCGGUCAAAAGAUGGCAUCUCCGUGGCGGGAAAGCACUCUUAAUAAGCUGCUCACAGGGUCGGCCAAAAUGCAAGGAUUCCGCUCGCAAUAUAAGGCGACAGCAGCGGCACAGACACGGAGUUAAAAGCACCACUCAGAAGAAGCCGCCCCGCAUUCAGCUUGGGUAAAUAGUCGGGUAGUAGAAGUGGCGGAUCCGCAGCAGGUAAGUUUGGCCACAGUAAACAUGCGGUCAAUCCCGGUGAUGUAGUAGUCUCCCACCACAGCCAGUCAGUGCCAGCAGUCCCCGAAUCAGCAGCCCACCAGCCGGAGUGGUCAGGAGAGGAGAGCCGUAGCUGGAAGUGAACUUGCGCACAGCACAAUGUCAGGCAGUGAGGCCGGUCGCGACACCCAGGAUGUAGGCCGCACUACGCAGCUCCGCAAUGCCAAGGUUUUUCUGCAGCUAGAGACAGCACAGACACCAAAAGAUGCAGCACACUGGAACACCCCUGUGGAGCAAUUUCCAACGAGAACGUAGUAGGGAGCAGGAUAUAUCAGCAGGAUGUUGGUCGGGAAAUAAGCUCUUGAUCGGCAUGAGAGAAGUCACACAGGUGAGAAGCCGUAUUCCUGUUCUGAGUGUGGGAAAUGUUUUGCACAGAAAUCACAUCUUGUUACACAUCA